AUGAAUUUGGAAUGUAUUGCAUGUUGUUUACUUCAAAUUUUAGACAAAGACGAAAACUUCGUUCGCACAUGUGUCUCUAGAGGUAUCACUGAUUGUUUCUUUAAUUUAGUUUUACAUGUCACGCAAAGCCCUUCAGCUAUGAGGCUAGUAAGCCAAGAAGCGAUUUUGCUGGUUCGCUUUGGAGAUAAAGUUGGAGGAAGCAAGUUUACGACACCGUUUUGUAUUACUUCACCUAAAACUACGUUAUUUGUUUAUAAUGCGAAGGGCAAGGAGAUGGUAGACUAUAUCGCCGACUACCUGGAAAACAUUCGGCAGCGGCGUGUGUACCCGGCUGUAGCCCCCGGAUACUUGCGUGCUUUGCUACCUGAUUCAGCACCGGAAGAGCCUGAGUCGUGGGAUAGCAUUAUGAACGAUGUGGAACGAUGCAUCAUGCCUGGGAUGACACAUUGGCAGAGCCCGCACAUGCACGCCUACUUUCCUGCACUGAACUCCUUCCCGUCGCUACUUGGAGAUAUGCUGGCUGACGCAAUCAAUUGUCUGGGUUUCACGUGGGCAUCAAGUCCGGCGUGUACAGAGCUUGAGACCAUAGUUAUGAACUGGCUGGGGCGAGCUAUAAACUUGCCAGAGAGCUUUCUGCACCUUCAGCCGGACAGCCCUGGUGGCGGUGUAAUACAGACGACGGCGAGCGAGGCCACCCUCGUGUCGCUGCUGGCCGGGCGCACGGAAGCGCUCCGCCGCCUGCGCCACCACGGCUGCUGCCGCCUGCAGGACGCCGAGCUCAACUCGCGGCUCGUGGCCUACACCAGCGACCAGGCGCACUCGUCCGUGGAGAAGGCGGCGCUCAUCGGGCUGGUGCGCAUGCGCUUCCUGGAGAGCGACGCCGCGCUGGCGCUGCGCGGAGACACGCUGCGCGCCGCCGUGCUGCACGACCGCGCCAAGGGGCUGGUGCCCUUCUACGUUUGUGCGACUCUCGGAACAACUGGCGCGUGUUCUUUUGACAAUUUAAACGAAAUAGGUCCUAUAUGUGAGAAGGAGGGCAUGUGGCUGCACGUGGACGCUGCGUAUGCGGGCACGGCAUUCCUGUGCCCGGAGUAUCGCUGCUGGCUCUCAGGCGUACACUACGCCCAUUCCUUCGCAUUUAACCCGUCGAAGUGGAUGAUGGUGCAUUUUGAUUGCACUGCCAUGUGGGUGAAGAACAGCGCAGCCCUUCAUCGCACCUUCAACCACUGGCAGAUACCUUUAUCGAAACGUUUUCGUGCGCUGAAGCUGUGGUUUGUUCUCCGGUCCUAUGGAAUUAAAGGCCUUCAAGCCCAUGUACGAGAGAAUAUCGACACUAAAAUUUCACAACUUGUUUUUGAUAUUUCGAACAUUAUAUAUUAA